CGUGCUCGGUGCGAGCUCCGGCGGCGCGUGCCCGAGGCGACGCGUGCCGGCGGUCAGGUGACACCGUCUUUCUUCGAGCGGCCGUUGAAGUGUAGACGCCGUUCCUUUUGCGUUUGCAUCGCCUUUUCUUUGAUCCACUGCGACGGUGUUGGAGAAACUGCUUCUCGGUGGGUGGCGUUUGUCGAGAGUGCGUGCGAUUGGCGAGGAUUCGUCCGAGAUGACCGGAACCCGUCGCACGAGUCAAGUCCCGAGAAGAGACAACCGCCGUACGAACAAAGCCCGGCUCAGCAACCGCCCGACGAGUCCCAAAACGCAGAUGGAGCAGGAGAAGAGGAUCCGGCGCGAGAUCGCCAACAGCAACGAGCGCAGGCGCAUGCAGAGCAUCAAUGCCGGUUUUCAGUCGCUGCGGACACUUCUGCCGCACCACGACGGCGAGAAGCUCUCCAAGGCUGCCAUACUACAGCACACUGCUGAGUACAUCUACCAGCUGGAGCAGGAGAAAACGCGCCUGCUGUCACAGAACAGCCAACUGAAGCGCCUCCUCAACUGCCAGAUGAGCCAAGACAGUGACGGCUCCUCUUCAGAUUCGCCCCUGCCCAAGCGCAAGAAAGGAGACAACAUGGAUGAUGAGGGAAUCGCUGGCAUGAGCCCACAAGACACAGAGACAAAGGAAGACGUCCUGCGUGAGCUUGUAGACCUCAGAGUGCAGCUUGAACGUGAGAGAAGGCUGCGGAUGAUCCUAGAGGACCAGGCACGUGGAAUGGAAGCGCAAGCCUACACUGAGCGGAUCAGGGAGGCACCUGCUGCAGCACCUCAUCACAAGGUCAAAACAGAGGAAGUCGCCGAAGCAACAAACGCUGCUGUGGUGGUGGCCCAGCCUCCCCUGGAGCAGCAGGUGCUGGCGACAUCGCAGUUCUCUCCGGCACCAGCGCCUGUCGCCUUGCCAGCAGGCAGUGCCAGCCCGCCAAGGGUGCACCCUCAGCCGCCGGAGCCCCUGCCCAGCCCCGCAGCCGACCUGCCCCAGGACCUGAGUACACACUCCAUGCAGCCCGCAGCUCCUGCUGCAGUGGCAGUGACUCCCACUGUGGCCACGCGGGAAGAGGCUGUGGUGCCACCGCUUCAGUCCUCUCCGUGCACGUCGCCAUACCAUGCCAGCACGUCCCGCCAAAACUUGGAAACCAUCGUGGAGGCCAUUCGGCAUCUCGAAGGGGACCACCUGUUUCGUGACGAUGAACCCCGCAGCGCCACCCCCGAGCAGUUGAGCACCCCAGAGGCCAAUGCUGGCAGCAUGCUACGCAGCAGCUUAAACGUCCUGGUGGUCCACGAGCCUGCGCUGCGUCAGCAGGUGAUCCAGUGUGGCACGGCAACGCGUCGGCCCGGGGUCAUUGUGGCCAACCACUCUUAACGGCUGUCUCCCCGUGGAGGCCACUUUCUCCCGGGGGUGGGGGGAGCCCGGUUCACCCUCUCUCGCUCUUCUGCGCUAUUGCUUGGCCGCAACAAAAAACAAAUCUGGAGGGUACACACCCACACACAAUACAAAGUGCCACUAGUGGAGGUGAACACACAUGCACACAAGAAGAUACAUGCCGACAGGGACACACAUAUACGUAUACCAAACCACAGCGUUCUUCACUUGUUUGACACUGCGUGGGCAGGGUAACGGACAUGCCGAGACACUUCUGGGAAAGUGCAUUCCAGGUUAUGGGGACAAAAACUCGUAAAACUUUUGUCAGGCAGUGCUCUCACUGCCUCAUGGUUCAUUUUACUUAGUUUGAACACCAUUUUACACAACUUGCUCUUUUGCUAUCUCUGGACAGAAACAGCGGGAUUUUUGUGCGUGUCCUAAUUUUUCUCCCCACAUUUGCUUGAUUCUUUGUUACCUACCCUUUGCCAUAACAAUGAAGCAUGCCACAAUGGCUGUUUACAAUUAUCUAGUGGCCAGUGGUAAAAACGGCCAUGUUGUCAUGCCAGAAGUUCGAAGUUAGCUCACUACCUCGACAUGAAAUUCGGUUACCCCUGCAGGGUUGGUUCUCAGUGCACCUAAUAUGUUUCAUUAUGCUGUCAUUGUUCAGUGGGAUAAGCCUGGUCUGUCAAUGUACAACUCUUGUUCAACGUCUAAGGACAUUUUGUCAGCUAACGCAAGCAGUGUACAUAAGUUUGCAUUGAACCUUUCUUUCUUCUCUUUGGCUCUGCACUGAUCAGCCCUGUAAAAGCUUCACCAGGGUCCUUGUGACAUUGAUUGUGUAAGCCGUACUGUGCUCCCAAUGUCUUCUAAAGAGCAGAUUAGAGAGUAUACCAUGUCUACUUGGACACACAUUGGGAUUCGUGAUCUGAUGAAAGCAGUAGGAGGAGAUGGGGAGAAAAAAAAAAGAAGGUAGAGUGACGAGCCGGCAAUGGAAGACGGCGAUAGCAGAAGCACAGCGGAAUGGUGGAUCAUGCUUCCGUUUAGUCUGUAAUAUAUGGGGCGGGGAAAGAUUCUCGGGGGCUGUACAGUGUAAGAAAUCGUGCAAGUCUAGUGCAAUGGUCUGCGGGUGGUUCCUUUGGGGGGAGAGAGAGAGAGAGAAGGAGGAGGAGUUAAAUUUUUCACACGAAGCAGUUUUUGCAGUAUACAAAGAUUAUAUAUAUAUAUAAAUAUUAUAUGGCACACUUAUCUGUACACACCAGACCAUGCAAGCUGGCUGCAAGCAUGCCUCACUCAUUGUCUCAUAGGGAAAAGCAGUUACUUGUCCGAUGACUUUUAUUGCUGAGUUUGUCCUGUCUGCAUCGGCACACUGAUGUGUUUUGUGUGAAGUGUUCAUAUGUUGGUGACAGCGACAGAGCAAAAAUAUUCUCGCAGUUGUGUUGUUUCUCUGUGCUCCUUCUCUCGUGGCAUAUUCAUGGUUGGCACUGUGCAUAGCUCAUACUUUUACCUCUUCCAAGGAAUAAAGAUUGGUGUGUGUCCUUUGUCCUCUCAAAAAAAACCUCAUGAUCGAAAUGUGUUUGUGAGAAGCUAUAUUUGUAGUGGUGUGCGUGUGUGCCAUCUGCUGUUAUAUUUAAGACAUGUCAUAUACAUCUUUUUUUAAUUAUUAUUAUUAUUAUUAUUAUUACUCGUUUCAAGUACAUAUGUGGCUUUUUUUUUUCCACCAGUCCUCCUUUUCUUUCUUUUUUUUUCUCUCUUUUUAAGUCUUUGUCCCCAUGUAUGAAUCUCAGCAGACAUCAUCCCUGUAAGGUAGCACUCAUCUAUCAUUAAGCUCCAUUUCUUGAUGAUGCAUUUGCACUCAUUGUCACAAACAUGCGCACCUACAUAAACACGGACACAACAAUCACACUUGGACAUGCCAUCUGAAUGACACAACACACUAUCAUGACACCUCCAUUUGGUGGGGAUGGCCACUAUGAGAGAGCCUGUGAAUUUUACGGGUAACGCAUUUUUUUCCCCCUCUUUUUUCUUCGUUUUUCUCCUUUGCCUUUGCUUCAAAGCUGAGAUUUUUACCUCAAUGCAAAUCUAGGGCGGCAGCGGCUGCUUUCAGAUAGUGUUAAGAUUUAUUAUAGGAAACAGCAUUGUGUUCUUAUUGAUGUGUCAUAUCUAUGUUUAUUUCAAAAGGCUUUUCAUAGCAUCCUCUGCCAUUAUGUAAUGUUUAUGUAGAGUUGCGUUGGCCGAGCAACACUGUGCAGUCUUAUGUUCCGAGGUAAUUCUUUCCACUCGCGGCAUUACACGCUUGUAUGGCUUCAUUCUUUUUUGUGCAUUUUGAGACCUUUAUUUUUAUCUUUUGAGCGAGAGUUUAUUUUCUUUUGCCAUGUGUGCAUGUGUAGAUGAGAGAGACAGUUAUAACCAGGUGGGUAUAACAUUCACAACAUUCACUCAUGUCACAGAUGUGUACACCCAUCCUAAUUUAUAUCUCAUGUCACCAGCUGCCACGCCACACAUGGCCAUUGCCCGCCAGAGCGAGCGUCGUCAGUUGGUGUUGGGUCUGCGCGGCGCCAGAGUCCUCUGUGCAUUGUUCAUUAUUACCACACAUAGGCAACAUUUGCAGCAUCUAAGUUGAGGCGGUGAGAGAGUGAAAGAGUUUUUUAUACGCGAGGGGUGGAGGGCGAAGGCUAUAGAAAAAGAUUUGUAUACACAUUUCUUUUUUUCCUCUCUUUCUGUGAGUCUCUAGGACCACCUUGUUUAUUAAAUACCAGGUUUAUAGAGGGAGCUGUAGCUACCAUGCCAAGUGUUUGUUAUGGUGAAUUCCACCUGUCAGCUUGGAGAAGGUGCUUUAUUAGGCUCACAUUUUGCAGACCCAAUUCUGCCAGUCAAAAACAUAACGCUCCACAAUGGAUUACUGCUGAAGUUGCCAUGCGCAGCUGGCAGGAUGUGGCAUACUCCAGAACUUCCUGGUUGAAUUAAAUGCCCUGUUGGAGUGAGAUCAAGCUAUCAACUCGCAGUGCAAGUUGAUUCCAAACAACCAGAUGAAAAUGCAAACUGGCUACGAUUCAACUAAUGGAAAACAAGUUCUACCUAUAGCAGAGCAAGUUACAAAAAAAAAAAUAAAAAAUUUCCCCAGGUUGAUUAGUGGAAUUCACCCUUAGUUUAUAUGCGCUCUUCUCUCCCCUCAUGUUGUUGCUUAGGUCUUCUGUCUGAGCUUUGUUCUGUGUUCUCUUUUUGCCAUCUUCGCCAUCGAUUGUAAAUUCAUAGUUGUCUUUGUUUUCGUCUUUUUAUUUCUUGAAGUGCUUGUCUUAUCAGACAAAUGUGUGUUUUUUUACUGUUAUUUUUCUCUUUGCUAUUGUGUUAAGGCAUUGGAAAUGAGAACCAUUUGUACAUAUGUUCACCGGCUCCUGUUUUCGACUUGUUUUGUUUGCUGUUCCCAUUUGCCAUCUUUUGUAUCUCUUUGUAUGGGUGCAUGUGUUACUUUUCACGUGUGCUAGUGAAGGUUUUGCUGUGAGUUUCUGUGGGAGGGCCCAUAAUUUUUAAUUUGGUUGCUGUACCUUAUGGAUGAUGUGAAAAUGUUAAAUCUACUUUUUAUUGUUCACCUCCUUUUGAAUUGCAUCAGCUUUACCAUAGUGUCCAUAAUUGGUGUUCACGGAAGGCCAGUGUCCAAUGUCCAACAUUUAAUUGUGAAUCGUAGAUUCUUUUUUUUCUUAUGCCAUCUGUGUCAAAAGAUCUUGUGAACCUUUCUGUUAUAAAUUAUUUGCUUCGUUAUGUUUUUUUUGUGGUUCAUUGAUCAGUGGAAAUGUUGAAAAUGUUUUACAAAAGCUUGUGUUCAGCUUCGUUGGGUCUGCUAAAGUCUGGGCCCCAACCAAAUGUUACGUCUCAAAUCAUGUCUCCAAGUGUCGUUCCUAGCUUUUUGUGUAAUAAAUGUUUGUCAGUACUGA